AUGGCUUUUAUGAUGCCUGUUGUCAAAAACGACUACAAUAUCUACCAGCAAAACGGGACUAAGACACGCAGAACAUCAUCCUGCAGCAUCAACAGUCGUGCGUCCCGCAGUGGACAGGCUUCGGGUCAGACCAGUUUAUCAUGUUCACCCGGUAGCGACGUCGAAGAACGCCUUCGUGCCGUGGAGUCCGAGCGAGGGACGAGAAGAACGUCCCGCUGUUCGGACGUUGUGGUUCCUCCAACACCGAGAUCAGCAUCUCAGUCAUCGUUAUACCGGAAGUUCCACACCCGCCUUGUGGACAAGCUCCGUAAGACUCUGCGAUCCAAGGAUGAUUCCGUGGUGGUCGUCGAGCCCAAGAAAGUGGAAGGACUUUCGUGA